AUGGCUUUGAAAGUAGUUUUGUUGGUGGUCCUCGUCGCCGUGUCCAUAAACGCUCACGAGUUUUUAAAAGCAAGACAAAAUCCAGUGAAAAUAGCCUCUCGUAGUAACGUCGGCGAUCGAUGUGGCCUUAAUUGCAUAACUUCAAGUCCAGAUUCGGACGGUACCACGGAAUCGGUUAGUGGAACAAAUCCAAAAGGAACUUCUCCUUCACCGGGAGAAGGAAGUUCUGAUUCUCCGGGACAAGGAAGUUCUGCUUCUCCGGGAGAAGGAAGUUCUGAUUCUCCGGGACAAGGAAGUUCUGCUUCCCCGGGAGAAGGAAGUUCUGCUUCCCCGGGAGAAGGAAGUUCUGAUUCUCCGGGACAAGGAAGUUCUGAUUCUCCGGGACAAGGAAGUUCUGAUUCUCCGGGACAAGGAAGUUCUGAUUCUCCGGGACAAGGAAGUUCUGCUUCUCCAGGAGAAGGAAGUUCUGAUUCUCCGGGAGAAGGAAGUUCUGAUUCUCCGGGACAAGGAAGUUCUGCUUCUCCGGGACAAGGAAGUUCUGAUUCUCCGGGAGAAGGAAGUUCUGAUUCUCCGGGACAAGGAAGUUCUGCUUCUCCGGGAGAAGGAAGUUCUGAUUCUCCGGGACAAGGAAGUUCUACUUCUCCAGGAAAAGAAACUCCUACCCCUAUACCCGACGGUUCUUCUACUUCUUGCGAUUCUGAAACCUCCACCGGUGCAUCAACCGAUUCCUCAAACAACUCUAAUUCGGGAUCAUCCAACGGCGAAUCAAGCGAAACCACCACAGAAGGAACUUCAGGAUCAGAUGGAUCGCAUGAGAUCAUCACCGCAGGUGACAAGACCUGUCACUGCAUAUGCUCUAAAACCGAAAAAAAAACCAACGAGAAGCAUCUCAAAGGCUUCGCCAAACAUCUGUACCACCAAGGCAAAGAGUUCGCUCACCACGACAGGCACCACUCUAACGCAAAAUCCAACCACCAUCCAAAUGCCAAACAGCACGGACACUCCAAACAUUUGCAUCAGGCUGACAAACACCACGAACAUACAAAACACCUUCACGAGAAGACCCACGGACACGACAAGGCCCACCAUGGACACGAGAAGGACCACCACGGCCACGACAAGGCCCACCACGGACACGACAAGGCCCACCACGGCCACGACAAGACCCACCACGGACACGAUAAAGCCCACCAUCUUGAUGCUAAAUCCUACCAUGAAGGCGUGAAACACUUCCAUGGCGAACACGAAAAGCACCACGAACAUGCCAGGCAUCAUGGCGGACAGGAAAAACAGCACCACCUCCAUGAAAAGCACCAUGUGCAUGGAGGUGAAAAGCACCACGAACACGAAAAGAAGCAUUGAUCGGGCAAUAAAUUGUACACUGUAAAAUUCUGGUUGAGGGGAAAUAAAAAAUGGAAUA